AUGUACACAUCCAUAAUCAUACGCAGAAGCACAUGAAACGCGAAUUCCAGAGCAGAAAGAACCUGUGUCAAGGAUUUUCCUCAAACCACGAUAAGAGGCUAGAGAUUUCUUACAUCUUAAUCAUCGUUACUCGAUCUUGAUUCAAUGUAUUGUUUUCAUGAUGACUGUUAAUGAAUUACCAUGCCAUGUUACAUGAUGGUGGGGUAGUACUCCAACCAGUUAGCCUACCCCCAGAAGCCAGAACUCUGUCGUUAGCUGUAACUAUGUGAACCUAACUUAUCGACUGCAUCGAUGUUGACUUACUAUUGCCAAGAUUACAGGAAUGGCCAAUUGGACUCCAUUAGGCAAGGCUGCUUCACAUGGUAAUAUUGACGUCAUCAAAAAUCUGAUCUGUGAGGGAGCUAAAGUCAAUAACGAUAAUAAUGAAGGUCAGACUGCACUACAUAUUGCUGCUAACAAAGGUCUUACUGACGUCAUCGAAUAUCUGAUCAGGGAGGGAGCCGAUAUCAAUAAGGAGGAUAAUAAUGGUUGGACUGCGUUACACAGGGCUGCUUUCCAUUCUCAAAUUGACGUCAUUGAAACUCUGAUCAGUAAGGGAGCUGAGGUCAAUAAGGAAGAUAAAGUUGGUCGGGCUGCAUUAGAAAUUGCUGCUCAAAAUGGUCAUAUUGACGUCAUAAAAUAUUUGAUCAGUAAGGGAGCUGAGGUCAAUAAGGAGGAUAAUGAUGGUCGGACUGCAUUACACAGUGUUGCUUCCAAUGGGCAUCUUGACGUCAUCAAAUAUCUGAUCAGUGAGGGAGCUGAGGUCAAUAAGGAGGAUAAUGAUGGUCUGACUGCAAUACACAGUGCUGCUUCCAAUGGGCAUCUUGACGUCAUCAAAUAUCUGAUCAGUACAGGAGCUGAGGUCAAUAAGGGGAAUAAUGAUGGUCAGACUGAAUUACACAUUGCUGCUAGGUUAGGACAUUUUGAAGCUAUCAAAUAUCUGAUCAGUAAAGGAGGUGAUGUCAAUGAGGGCGACAAGGAAGGGACAACUGCCUUACAUUUUGCCGUUCAGAAUGGUUACAUUGAUGUUGUUAAAGUCCUACUUGCGGGCGGAGCACAAUGUGAUACAGAAGACAUUCACGGCCAGACACCCUUACAUCAAUCCAUAACCCUCGGGGACAGAGAUAUUGCUGAUCUUUUAGUUGACAGCACGGAUGCUAAGAAUUCGACAGUCUUCCAUCUUGUUUUGAAACACGGAUAUACAUCCAUUAUUGAGAAGUUGAUUGCUAGAGGAUUUGAUCUCAAUGUACAGUCUAGUGACGGUCAAACAUGUCUUCAUAAAGCUAUCAGAUCAUGCUACCACAAGAAACAGAAUGUUGAAUACACCGAAACACUCAGAAAGGUAUCCGAAGAAUACUACAGUGGCAGGUUAUCUCCUGAGAAGGCAUUGGUGUUCUAUCUCUUAGAACAUGGAGCCAGGAUUGAUAUUAAGGAUGAAGCAGGUUGCCUACCAAUCCACUAUGCAAAAGAUGAAAUGAUCAGACAGAUGAUAUUGGCAAGAUUACCUUCCUUUGAUGAUGUACAGUCUAAUAGAGAUCCAGACAUGUCUAGUCAAAUGAUCCAUCCAUCUCGAGGAGGUACAAUUGUGCUACCUGCUCAUGGUAUUAGUCUCUUUAUCCCAGCCCUUGCUUUACGAAAGGAAUGCAAAAUCACGAUGAAGGUUCUACCACAGCCAUCGAGUCCCCUUAUCACAGAGGAUGAGGCACUUGUGUCACCGGGUGUGAUCUUCGAGCCAUCGGGGACCAUUUUUGAUACCCCAUUGAGGUUGGUGGUCCCCCAUUGCGCAAUAUUAACAGAUCCCUCUAUGGUCAUGGUCAACAUGCACGUCACGCAGGGCGAUAAAGUCACCAAGGAAGAGCUAUCACCAACUGGGAUGCCCCGGUGCGUUGUCAGGCAAGACAUAAUUGAAGUGUAUAUCAACCACUUCUCAAUCUAUGAACUGUUCAUGGUAAUUUCGGAUUAUUUCCUGGGAAAGCAAGUCGCUUCGACGCCCUACCUUCCCAAAUCACUCAGCCGUCUACAACCGCAAUGCUGCCACCUACGUUUGUACAAUGACACCCCAGGCCUUGAAGACAUAAUUGGUACUGAAGAAGAAAAGCUUGGUUACGUCAAAAUGGCACCGACCAAGAAAAUAUUCGUCCUCUGGGAGAAGGGAGAACUCAAGAUCAAAUGUGAUGUAAACAGUGGUCACGUGACUGAAAGUGAAAAGGCUGUGUCACUAGACGAAAUCUACAGGCUGGAUAGAAAUGUCGUCAAUUUCUUAGUGAAAGCGACCGGUAACUCUGAUGUUUAUUUUAGUUUCCAUUUCCGGCCGCAUUGUGACGAUGGCCAUGUCUUCAAUGCUAAAUUCGGUGACAUAACUGACGCGUCGUCAUCAACCUGUUCAAAAAGGCUGGAUGACAAGGUUCUCUACGAUCUCGCCAACGAAAUCGAAAACGAUGACCAUCUUGAUAGGCUGAUGCAAGCUCUGAAAGUCGCCUCAGGGGCCCAGCAACGGUGUCACGAUCUCAACAGACUAGAAGGCCAGGUUACCGCCAGAGGAACCCACAGAAUGCUAAUGGACUGGAGAGCCGAAACGGCAGUUGUAGAGCAACAUGACAGGCUGAAGGGAGCCCUCACCGAUGCCAAAUUAUUGGAUCUAAGGGAUAGAUUCUUCUCCCUUGAAAUCACCUGAAUAUUGAAUACACUACUAGUAUAUGGUCAGAGAAAUGACCACUGCAAAUUUAUUAAUGUGUAUCAUAUUUUUAUGAUAUUGUAUUGACGGGAAAAAAAC